CGUUGUGGUGCGUCAUGGAUAGAAUCUGUUUCCGGUGGAAAAAGCGUGAAUUUUGAAACUACCUCCUUUAUUUUGAGUCUAAUCUCAUAAAUAGUAAAUUAUGCCAUUUUAAAGAACACUCCACUUCGACUUCACACCUAGGCCUAUCAACAGAAAUAGAGACGGUCUAGCAUUCCAGCAUGGAAGUAAUUGACCCAGCAUCUAAAGAGGAUUCCUCCAUCGAAGAUGAUGAUGAAAUAUCCAGUUUUUGCAGCACUUUUGUUGAUGACACGUCAAGAAGUGGAACACCGACUCAAUAUGGUCCAAGAAAAGGUCGCGGUCGAGGAAAAUACAAAAACCCGAAAAAAAAUUACAAGUUAAGCCAGUUUCUUAAAGAAGACCAUGGACAACCAAUAUUCAGUGUGCAGUUCAACUGGAAUAUCAAUAACAAAGACCGGGAGAUUUUUGCGACAGUUGGCGGAAAUCGGGUGACAAUUUAUGAAUGUUCAAUAGAUGGCAGUGUUAAGCUCCUCCAGGCAUAUUGCGACGCCGAUUCUGAAGAGAGUUUCUAUACCUGUGCCUGGACCAGCGAGGAUGUGACGGGACAGCCUUUAUUAGCUGUAGCUGGUGCAAGAGGCAUUAUACGUCUUAUAAGCCCUUCUACAUCUCAGUGUAUAAAAAAUUUUGGUGGUCACGGAAAUGCUGUAAAUGAAUUGAAGUUCCAUCCCCGUGAACCAAACAUUUUACUUUCAGUAAGUAAAGACCACGCUCUGAGGUUGUGGAACGUGAAAACAGAUAUCUGUAUAGCUGUGUUAGGUGGAGUCGAUGGGCACCGAGACGAAGUACUAAGUGCUGAUUUCAACCUCGAAGGCAAUAAAAUUGUAUCUUGCGGCAUGGAUCAUUCACUUAAGAUAUGGUGCAUCGAUAAAGAUUACAUCACAGAAGUGAUUAAGAAAUCAUAUACAUACAAUGAUGAGAAAUCUGAUAAGCCGUUUCCUAUCGUUGCUCACCAUUAUCCCGAUUUCUCAACGAGGGAUAUUCACCGAAAUUAUGUCGAUUGCUGUAAGUGGUACGGAGAUUUCAUUUUGUCAAAAUCGUGCGAGAACUGCAUCAUAUGCUGGAAACCAGGUGAACUGAAUGAUGAUAAAUUCUCUGCAUCCAACUCGAAAGUAACCAUCUUGCACAAAUUUGACUAUAAGGAGUGCGAUAUUUGGUACAUGCGGUUCUCCAUGGACUUUUUCCAACGCUGCCUGGCCCUCGGGAACCAAUAUGGCAAGGUAUUCGUGUGGGAUUUAGACGUCGAUGAUCCCUCGCUGGUGAGAUGCACAUCACUCACUCACGGAAAAUGUACAAUGCCUGUUCGCCAGACACAUUUUAAUAAAGAUGGGAGCACUCUGUUGUGUGUUUGUGACGAUGCAACAAUAUGGAAGUGGGACAGGAUUCGAUAGUGACAAGAUGUAAACAUUGGUCUGAAAGUCUGGAAAAAUAUUUUAUCCAACUCAGUGAUCUACCCUAGCAUUAAAGCAAGUGGGCG